CCAUUCAAUCUUUUGAAUAUUUCAAAUAAAAUCAAUAUUUAUGCUGAAUGCGUUGACAAAAUUUUAUUUCAAUUUAAAAUAAGUCUCAAAAACAUGAGAGAUCAAAAAUUAUCUCCAAAAUGGUAUUUUGGAGGUUUAGCCAGUGCUGGAGCUGCCGUAUGUACUCACCCACUGGAUUUAAUUAAGGUUCAUUUACAAACUCAGGAGCAUGGCCAUAUCAGAAUUCUACCUUUCACCUUAGAUAUAAUUAAAAAACAAGGAAUUUUUUCUCUCUAUAAUGGUUUAUCUGCAUCCAUUUUAAGACAACUCACCUAUUCUACCACCCGUUUCGGCGUUUACGAGAUAUGCAAACAAUUUUGGAUCCAAUCUCAAGUCGGUUCCAAUAAGAUACAUUUGAAUCAAAAUUCAAUCUCUAAUAAUGAUAAAAAUUACAAUACUUUGAACGUGAAAAACGAACGAAUACCCCCUCUAAAUAAGGAUGACUGCAAAAUAUUUGAGAAAAACAUGCCCCUAUAUGUGAAAUUAAGCUUAGCAGCCAUAGCGGGGUUAUGUGGUGGAGUCAUAGGUAGCCCGGCCGAUAUGAUUAAUGUUAGAAUGCAAAACGACAUCAAAUUACCGCUUGAUAAAAGGAGGAAUUACAAACAUGCGUUAGAUGGUUUAAUUAAAGUAAACAACCAAGAAGGUUUUCUCAAACUUUAUUCAGGAGUGACUAUGGCAACUUCAAGAGGAAUAUUUAUGACUAUAGGACAACUAGCCUUUUACGAUCAAGUCAAACAAUACCUGAUUCAAAACUUAAAACUUUCGGACAACGUUCACACUCAUAUUAUGUCCAGUGUCUCAGCCAGUAUGAUAGCUGCCACUUUAACUCAACCCUUGGAUGUGUUGAAAACUCGUUUAAUGAACGCCAAACCUAACGAAUAUAAAGGUAUUAUGGAUUGCACGUUACAACUAUAUAAAUCUGGUGGUCCAUUCGCAUUUUAUAAAGGUUACAUUCCAGCUUUCUUAAGAUUGGCGCCUCAUACAGUCUUAACAUUCGUUUUCUUAGAACAAUUAACAAAAUACUUUGGCCUCAAGAAAAUUGUGUGAAAAAUUCAUUAGUUUUUUUAAAAUAAACUUUUUUUGAAAGAGGUAAAGAUGUUAACUGUUUGAAAAUAGAAUUAGAAUGCUGAUUAAUUAAGACAACGCACUUUUUGGGUUAAUUAAUAUACUAAUAUCAAAUCGUGUAAUAUAUAUUUAACCAAUAAACGAAUAUCAUUUUGUAAUAUAUUAUAAUAUUA